ACACGCCUGAGGGGUCCGUCAGAACUCUGAGUCAACUCUCAUUGACGGGAUGUGUGUGACGAAACUGACUUAAAUGGAAACAGAGCUGUGUUCUCAAAUCAUUCCGGGAUCUUUUUUUUCCUACUAAAUCAGGGGGAGUAGAGGUUUAAUUAAUAUUCGUCUGGGAGCCCGUAGCUGAAGAGGAAAUCCAAACGGAUCUUUAAUCAAAGCUGUUUAGAGCCUGAGCCAUGCCGCUUGAUGGUACGUUCACUGUCCUGCUGCUCAUCAUCUGCGGAGUUUCUUCUACUAAAGUUCCACCUCCAUUCAAUGUAAAAGUGAGCUGCCAAAAUGAAAAUAUCGCUGUCAGGUGGAGCCAACGUCAGCCUGAAACUAUUUUCCUGGUACGGGUCACUGGAUAUGACACUGUUGAAAAUUUUACCACCACCGAUCUCCAGUAUGACCUCAGCGACUUUGUGUGGGGGUCUCCAGAACGUUUUCUGAAAUACAUGAGUGUCGAUGUAACAGCCAUCCAAGGAGGAAAUCAGUCUAUAGCUGUGGGAGAGUCCUUCUCCUUCAACAGAUUGCUAGCAGUUGAUAAAAAAUGCGAGUUGGAUUUCCCUCCUGUAACAUUACGUUCGGCUGAUGGGGUUACUUCAGUUGAGUUCCAAAAUCCAUUCAGAUACUACAAAAAAUUAAAUAAUAACUGCUGUAAAAACUCCCCAGAACUCAAAUAUGAUGUUUCAGAUAAAGGCGAUUUCGAUGAAUCAUGCAUAGGGAAGGACAUCGACUGCAAGAGUAGUAGGAAAAUCCCCAACGUGGGCUGCAUCACCGUAAAUGGACUUCUGAUAUUCGGCGAUACUGGUACUGAACAAGUUGAAUUCCGGACGAACAAAAGCUGUCACUACCCAGCAGUGACUAAAGUGGGUAGAUCAUAUGACGUGCAUGGAGCAGAUGACGUGCAUGGAGCAGUAGUGUUCGCCGCCGUACUGGGGUCUAUUUUUAUUGUGGUGGCCAUCGUUGCAGUAGUGUUCAUCUGUAGAGUGAAGGCGUGGACCAUGGAAACGCCGGUCCCCUUCUUCAAGCAUACGAUUGAUGCAUUCGAGAAUCAGCAGUUCUUUCAAACACCCAAAGACCCAAAGAUCAGUCCAGUCUCAACCUUUGAGCCUUGCGACAGACCCUCAAUCAAAUCCGACGGUGAUAACUGCUCUGAGCACCUCCAGGGGAACGGCUCUGACUGUACUCACCAUGCUAGUGCCACAGGAUCCUUGAAAGAAUAUCUGAACAGAAACCCACACCAGGAAGAAGAGGGUUUGAUGUCUGCAACAGAUGCUGACUCUGUAAAGACUGAGUGCGUUUCUAUAGGUACCCCCGACGCGGAACCAUCACCUUAUGACUCCCCCCACUUAGUGAUGAUGGAUAUGGGAGAUGGAGACUUGGUCACUGGCUACUCCACGAAGUAGAGGAACCUUCUUUUUAACUGGUGUUUUAACAGCAAGCUGAUCUGUACCUCAGGCACAAGAGAAACAUCAGUAUUUGGACUUAUUGGGUUGAUAACCAGCUAGUUAUCCUUCCCCCUCCAUGUUUACUAGUGGAGCCCCUCUGCUGGCGCCUCUUUUCAGAUGUUAAAGCAAGGCUGCACAGGUUUACAAUGUUUUACGUGAAAGGUUUUGGUUAUUUGCACUCUUUUAAUUCAAGAUUUAUUCAGUGAAUUAAAGUUUAACAAUGGAAGUUUUUAUUGUUUUAUUGAUUCAUCCCUGGGAUUUUCCAUCCACAUGCUGUUCCAAAGGUAAUUGGCUUGUUUUUGUAAAGUCGUACCCAAGACGGACGGAAAGCAUGCGACCUGUAAAACUGGUUCUAAACGCAACAAGAGAGUCUCAAUAGAUAUUUACCUUUUUAUUGUGAGGUGGGGUUUUUUUAUAUAUAUAUACCUGUGUAAGUGUGUAAAAGUGAAAUGUAUUGUAAAGUUACUUGAACUGACCCAAGAUGCCAGUUUCUGAUGGAAAUUUUCUUUGUUUUGGACGUAAUAUCUGUAUGUUUAAAACUUUUUUUGUUCUGCUCUUAGUUUGCAUGAGGAGGAGGAAUGUCAACAUGUAGCUCUGCCAGAAGCCGCUCUAACGGCAGGUCAUCGUUAUCGCUGGCAGAGAAACAGAGCACGACAGCAAACUAAUUUCUAUACGUUUUUAUUAAAAUAUCCAAGAUACUGA